AUGUCAACUGAACCAGUAAUUCCACAUUCUCAAGAUCUUGAAUCGCUUGUCUAUCUAGAGACAAUGUUUCAGGAAUGUGGUUACGACGAUGGGUUUAGAGAUGGUGAGCGUUCUGGCGAGCUAGAAGGAAGAAUCUUUGGUUGCGAAAAGGCGUUUGAGCUUGGCAGAGAGAUUGGAUUCUACGAAGGAGCAAUAAAGACGUGGAAGCACCUGGCCGAGUCUCAUCCAGACCUUAUUUCAUCAAAGGCUUUACGACACAUGGAGAGAUUACAGGAGCAGAUUGACACUUUUCCAAAUGAUAAUGAUCCCGACACUGAUUUGCUUGCAGUGCGUGAUAAAAUGAAGAAUAAGAUGCGCGUAAUCACAUCGCUACUAGGUGUUCAGCAGAAAUUCUUACAGGCACCCGUUCCACAGAUGAACUACUAG